AUGGUUCAACUCAUCCUCUCCUCCACAAAGGGUAACCAGGGUGGCAAAUACUUUCCCUACAUUGGCUAUCUUGGUCUCACUCCAGUCCGCGUCGAAGGCAUCGUCCGCACAAAGCUAGACAGCGACCAGAAAACUCUCCCUUCCAAGUCCCUCACAAUCUCCGUCCGCUGCUAUGAGUCGCGUGUCGGUCGCGUAAACACCCUCCAUUCCAACAUCCUCGUCGACUACACUCAGACUCUAUGGUCAAAGCCAGACGACGUCGACUAUGAGAACGUCGGCGUCCUCGAGUACCCCUUUCGCAUCUGGAUACCGACCCAAACCCGUGGAUUCAGCACUGCCGUCUUUGUCGACUAUCGCUGCACAUGGAGGGUCGAGGCCAUUCUCAGUCAUGCACCAAUCACCGGCGUAGGCUUUCGCCAAGUACGCCACUUUGAACUCCCUCUGGUCCGCUACGACGUCCCAAGACCACUGAGACUCCCAGACUCACAGGACAUCGUCCUCGACCACCAGACCUCAAAGCCAAAGGCUCCCCGUAUACGCUACAGCCUCAGGAUGCCUGCAGCACCAACCGGGCCACUGGACCUAGUGUCAAUACCGUUGCACAUGCAACCGCUGGACCAUGGUGUGUCAAUACGAAGCGCGAGCGUCAUCAUCGAGCGACGAAUACAGUUACACGACCUGUCAGCUGCCAAUACUCCCAUGUUGUCCUCUUCCCCACCAUCAUCUUUGCCAUCAACAGCUGCGAAUCCUCCGCCAAACGUCUCGUCUUCCCCAGCACUGCCCAAUCCUCAAAAUUCUUAUUUUCCCUCACAACAUGAUUCGCCACAGCCCCCGCACGCUUCUAGCUCCCAUUACCAUCACCAGCCCACAUCUUCUACUUCAUCCCUAACUUCAUCCAAUCCGACCAUCACUCCAGAAACAGUAUAUCCCUCAAAUGCUUCAGUAAUGACCUAUUCCUCAGAACACCCCCUUCUAUCUUCAUCAACCGAUUACUCCUCGUCUUCUGCGGCUUCUUCGUCCCAGUCGGCCCAUCACACCGGUUUCGCCUCUCAACCUCCCACACCAAACGGAGCACAUGGUCAAUCCUCGAGUCAGACACCAUCAACGUCUUCCUCAUACUCCUCACCCUUCUCCUUCACCAAUAGCCUUCCUAGCAGGGAUAGCACCAAAGUCGUCGUAAACCUUAUCGUUGGCACCGAAACAGAAAAUUUCACACGAGAUUCCCGAGGUAUUUGGAGCAAGACCCUAACUCUGCAAUGGCCCGCGUCCAAAUCUCACAGCCGCUGGGCAAUUGGGGAAACCAUUAACUCGGAUCUGGUCUCUGUCAGAUUCUUCAUCACGGUUUCCUCGCCAUCCGGGGGUACAGAUACGAUCGAGCUAGCAGAAAAAGAACUUCUCGUCGUCUCCACCAACGAGUCGGAACGUCAGCUUGCGCUUGCCAAGUAUGCUGAGCUUGCAGAGUCGUCUUCUGGAGCGGCCAUUAGUUCAGAGUACAUGGUUCGGUCUAAAUCCAAGUCUCCUAGAAGGUUGAAGGAUGGCAAGCUUCCGCCUGAUCUCCCGCCUUCGCCUGCGUUGCCUCCUGGGAGUGGAGGCAGUAGGAAGCCCAAGACGCCUCGGAGGCCCCAUACGAGUGCUGGACCGAGAGACAAGUCGAGUUUAGGCAAGAAUUCGGGAGGGGUUGGGAGUACGUCGACUGUUGGUGUGGUUGAGCAGCAUAGGAAGAGGAGGUCCGAUCUUGGAUGGGCCCAUCCGAGUCUACAUCCUAACCCCCAGAACCCAGAUUACAACUCGUUAUGGGACGGUUAUGCGCGUGUCGAAACUUCAAAACCGUUACCUUCGCAUUUUGGGAAUCGGGAUAAAAUGAAGAGCUCGGAGAAGAAAGAGAAGGAGAAGAAGCCGGGGAGUAGUAGUGGGAGGUUGAGCAGUAAUAGUUUCUGGGCUGUUACUGCUCCGCCGCUGAAGCCCAAUUCGAGCGGGUCGAGGAGUUCGAGUUCGAGGGAGGACAAGGGGACGAGGAGUGCCGGUGCUGUGAUGAGUACCGCCAGUACGAGUACGACGGGGAGCACUUCGAGUGCGUCGAGUAGUUUUAGCGGGGCUGGGGUUAGACAUCGGUAUGCUGGUGCUGCGAAUGGCCAGGGGUAUGAUGGCGAGAUUGGACUCUCGUAUUCGUCGAGUGGGACGGAUGAGGAGGAGGAGAGAAGGCGGAGGAGGUUUCAGCAUCACCAACAGGGCAACGCGUUCCCGAGUUUAUCCUCUUCACCGCCAACUUCCAACUCGUCCUUCCCGCCGUCAAGUUAUCAUCCAAGAGAAAUGGGUGGUGGAAACAUGCAUGUGAGGGAGUGGGAGGAGGAGUUGGCGAGGAUUGAGGAGAAGAGUCGGAAGGAGAGUGAUGCAGCUGGGUUUGGGAGGAUGAGGAAGAGGUCGUUGAUGUCCGCUGUGAAGGGGUUUUUGUCGUCCGGGAAUUCGUCUUCGUAG